AUUACAGCCCCAAGAGAAGAAAUUACACGUCGGGAUCUGAGAAACAUAUGGUGUUUUCAGUUCAACUUUGGCACGUAAAAUGAAGUGUUACAUUUAUUACAUCAGUUUGGUCAUUUUCGCAAGGCAUACAUUCGAAACCGGAGAUAUGUACUAUACUGGUCCUUUUAAAGGCAUACGGAAGCUUAAUGGAGACGAAAACGUACGCGAAAUCAGAGAUCAUACAUCUCGACAACAAAAUGCCAGUAUCAAAACUGAAAAUGAAAUGGAGAAACAAACGUGUGAUCAGAAAAUGCGCACGUGUAAGGACAGAUGCGGUGUGCCGAAAUAUACGAGCAGUCUCAGUGAGUUCUACUGCCAAUGUGACGACAAAUGUGCCCACUACCAAGAUUGUUGUGCUGAUUUUGAGAGCGAGUGUAGCAUCAACUACAACAACACCAAAUAUGGUGAAUUGACGAGUGGGGAAAGAUCUAAAUAUGGUUGUAUCAAAAUAAGCCAAACAGAAAUGGUAUAUAUGGACCAAAUGUGUGCAAGUGAGCAUUUUGGGACUGAUUUAGAAGAAAAGUGUAGGAACAGAAAUACCCUGCUCAGUCUAUUACCAGCAUCUGACGUCGAAACAGGUAUACAGUAUAGCAACAUAUUUUGCGCAAGAUGUAACAAUGUCAAGUCCCCUGUAUUGUGGCAGACAAAGUACAGGUGUGAUCGAGACGUAUUGGAUAAGUCGGA